CGAUGACGGAAGUGAAUGAAAGCAACACUAAGCUAAAACCAGAGCAAAACACGAAAAAAUGAAGCUGGCGAUCCAACAACAGGAAGUGCGGGUUUUUGUUUCAUGAAGUGACAGGUGGUGAGGGAGAGAUGACCAAGGAGGAUGUACUUAGAGUGUCUUCAGAGGGAAACUCAGUCCUGGAGCUUUACAACAUUAUUACCAGAACCUCUGAGCGGCCAGUGAUUCAUCAGGUGUCGUCAGCACCCAUGCCCUCAGACUGUGAGUUCUUCUUCUUCGACCCGUGUGAUCCUCAGUGUCAAGAGGUUCUGUUAGACCCUCAGACCACUGUGCCCGAGCUCUUCGCUGUUCUCAGGCAGUGGGUUCCCCAAGUUCAGCGGAAUAUUAGUCUUAUAGGCAAUGAGAUUCUGAAGAGAGGCUGUGGCGUUAAUGACAGAGAUGGUCUCACAGACAUGACAUUACUGCACUACUGCUGCAAGGCAGGAGCUCCUGGAAUAGGUGAUGCUGAAAGCGCGGCCAAUUUUGCCCGUCAGCUGUUAUCGCUGGGAGCCGAGCCGUCUUUACGCAGCCGCUGGACGAAUAUGAAUGCUCUGCACUACGCUGCAUAUUUUGACAUUCCUCCUCUCAUCCGGGUGGUUCUGCAGGCUUCACAGCCGGGAGAGGUGGAUGCGACCUGCAGUGAUUUUGACUUUGGCACUGCCCUGCAUAUCGCUGCCUCGAACCUGUGCACCGCUGCAGUGAAGUGUCUGUUGGAGCUGGGAGCCAACCCUGGUUUUAGGAAUGAGAAGGGUCAGUGUCCAGCUGAUGUUGUUCCGGAGCAUCUUGACAUGCCUCUGGAGAUAGCUGAUGCUGCAGUCCAGGCUAAAGAGCUCCGCGCAUUGCUACAGGAAGUUCUCCCUUGGCCAGACGCUCCCCUCCCAUUCCUGCCCGCCCGACCCCCAGGCCUCCUCUCUGACAAGGCCCGUGCCCAGCUCUCAAGUAUGGGCCUUCACCUUGGAGAUAAAGUAGUCAUUGCCGGUCAAAAGGUUGGUACUCUGCAAUUCUGUGGCAGUACUGAGUUUGCUGGUGGUCUGUGGGCCGGAGUGGAGCUUCACCAACCAGUGGGCAAGAAUGAUGGAUCGGUAGCUGGUGUCCAGUACUUCAUUUGCCCUGUUAAACAUGGAAUUUUCGCCCCCCUCUCUAAAAUCAGCAAGCUCUCUGAGCGCCGGAAAAACAGUCCCCGCCAGCCCUCUGCUCCCGUACCCCACCCAAAACGCAUCAACUUGGCGCGGGUUACGGCCAAGGUCAACACAGGUCUUCUUUCACGCAGUUGCUCCACUUCUUCCUCCUCCCUGGAUUCCAGACAAACUUCCACCAGGCGACCGCCACGCCCACUCCCACGGCAAAGACCGCCGCUGCGCCCAUGGCAGGAGCAGACCCCUUCCAGCACCAGAUCCACCCCUCCUCCCUCCCGCUCCCUCACUGAUACCCCACAUUCUGGGAUUGCUAGCAGCAGGACCCCUUCAGCGAGCAGCAUGGCACAUGAAAGCAUAGAGAUGCGCUUGGGGGAGCGUGUACUGGUGGUGGGACAGAGGACAGGAGUGGUCCGAUUUUAUGGCAAAACCAGUUUUGCGCCAGGCUUUUGGUUGGGGAUUGAGUUGGACAAGCCGAGCGGGAAGAAUGACGGAUCUGUUAGAGGAGUGCGAUACUUCAGCUGUCCUCCGAAACAUGGAGUCUUUGCUCCUCCCUCACGAGUUCAGAGCAGGAUUCAUGGCUCAGUGGACUGUCUGUCAGAGCUGUCCUCCUCUCGGAUGAACUAUUCCUUUACAGGAAUUCGACGCACACUAAGCACUUCCACAGCCAUUGCCACGCAGAGAGAACCAAGUCGGAAAGGUCAAGUUAGCAGGAACCGUUCCAGUAACUUGCGGCGCCGAUGGAGCACGGUCAGCACUGGCUGGGGGCCGUCAAGAGCAAACAGCAGUGCUGGCACGGGGCCCAACCGAGUGGGUGGCACCACAAGCUCCUCUGGCUCAGAUGGCACAGUCAAACUCCACCUGGGCAUGCAGGUCUUGCUAAUUAGUGGCAAUGAGAUGGGCACCAUCCGCUACAUUGGCACAGCGGACUUUGCCCCCGGCCUAUGGCUGGGCCUUGAGCUGCGGAACCCGAAGGGAAAAAAUGAUGGAUCUGUGGGCAGCCGACGCUACUUCAGCUGCCGACCUGGCCAUGGGGUUCUGGUGCGACCCAGCAGGGUCACGUACCGUGGUAUCAACGGAGCCAAGCUGGUGGAUGAAAGCAGCUGAGACCAUAGCACUCUGCAGAAGCUUGGGCUAUCUAAUUCUCAACCCAUCUGUCUUUCUGUUAGUUUUGUUUUCAUGGAUUUGUUUGAAGACUUAAAGGGAUAGUUCACCCAUUACACACUCUUAUAUUGUCACAAACCCAUAUGACUUUCCUUCUUCUGUGGAACACAAAAGUAAAUAUUAAUAUUAUCCCUAUAAUAUUAAUAAUAAAAAUGUAUAUUAAUAUAUCCCUAAUAAUAUUAGGGACCUAAAUUCCCCAUUUGCUUUUAUUGUAUGGAAAAAGAACAGUGUCAACAUUCUUCAUAAUUUCUCCUCCUGAAUUUUCAAAGCAAUUUUGGGUGAACUUACACUUAAUGCCGACUUGAAAAUAUAUUUUUUUCAGAACUGCACUUAAACUUUCAUAGCUGAUAAACUAUGGGGGGGAGUUUUCCUUGCUGAGAAUGUUUUAAUUUUAGCUGGAGGUUUGAAUUGAGAUUGGAUUUGACAAAGUAAACGGUAACAAUAUCUGAGCACUUUAAUAAAUGGAAUGUGGAGGAAGACAAUAACUUGAAAAGCAGCAGGAUUUAAGUAGUUCACACGAUUUAAUCACUUUCAACUGUGAUUAUAUCAGCUUCUCAAAUCCUCCCUAAAGAGUCACAAAGCAUAGUGUAGUUUGUAAGCUCUUGUCAAUAGGACACACUUCAGAACAUGGCACUUGCAUUCAGAAACGUUUAAUCUUUCAUCUUGGUGCGAGAGCACUUAAUGAUAAGCACUUUACGCACUAACGUAAUCCAAUCAGAGAUGUAAAAUUCAUUGUACUUGAAUUUUCAACAGAUAAUGCAGUAGUUGUUCCUUACAGGUUUGAUUUGUUUUUUUUUUAUUUGUGUUACAGUUUUUAUGAAAUUCAACCCACUAAAGACUUAAGUUGCUUAAAAUGAUGGCUAAAAUAAGACCUGAAGAUCUCCCAUUAUUUAUUUUUAUAGUAUUUUAUUUUUUAUUUAUUUUGUUUUAAUACCCAUAUCAGAAGCAUUGUCAUGGAUGUGUUGAGUAGAAACAGAGUAUGUUAAAGCUUUGAAUCAAAGAAGCAGAUAUUUGUUAAGAUGACACAUUAUACAGAAGUUAGCAUUCUCCAUGUUUACAUUAGAAAUCACUGUGCUUAAUGAGAAAAGAUUGACAAACUCAUUUUGCUGAAUUUACUUUUGAAUAAAAUUGUUGCUUAUUAUCAAACUUUUAUUUUUCAAACAACUGUAACAUUUUUAUAAUUGUUGUAAGUUUCGUUAAUUUAAGUUUCUUUUAUUUAUUAAUUUGCUUGCAUUAUUUUCCACUCCUUUAAAAUGCAUAAUGAUUUCUCCCCAAAUAAUUACACAAUUCACCAGUCUCUAGGCUCUAUGAUGACAGCUAGGAGUGCUGGAUUCCUAAACACAAAAGGACAGGCUUGUUGGUUUAUAUUAAAAUAAAAUUGCCUGCACAACCUCAGGCCUGUUUGUGUUUCAACUUAAACACACAAAAUAAUCAAACUUAAAAACAAAACUAUAAAUGGCUGUUCUCCAUAGCUGGUGAAACUGUACCAUUCAUUGACUGAUUCCUCAAUGAUCAUAUCAUUUUACACUGAGGAAAUAAAAAAUAAAAUGUUGAUUUUAACAUAUUUACUUGGUGUAAGGACUUAAACUUAAUAUUAAAUACAUGAUAGUGAAACAAUUUGAAUUUGCAAACAUUGCAUCAAAAUAUAUAUAUAAUAAUUAGUGUUCUAAAAGAUAACUCCCAAUGGAAGUUGGAGUUUCUACAGGUAUUUUGUACUGUCUAUACAUCCCUCUGCUUAGCACUGUGUUUGUCUGAAUUUUAAUGUAGUAUUUUAGUAGCAAAAUGUAAAAUUAAUACAUGCAAUGUGCAAAGGGUGUUUGUCAGAUUUGUCAAAUAAAACUUAUAUUUUACA